UCCCGCCCCCGCGCAGGCCGGCGGCCGUGCCCGCCUCAGACGCUCAGCCCCGCCGCGACAUGGCCGGCCGCCGCCUCCUGGGGCUGCUCCUCGCCUUCUCCGCGCUGCUGGGCGCAGGUCAUGGGGACGACUCUAGUGACUUCAACCUAGAAGAUGCCCUGUUUGAUGACCUCAGCACCAAGCGACCCACACCCAAGGGACCCAGAAAGCCGGCAGGUGGGACAGGCUUUGAUUUGGCUGAUUACUUUGAUGCCCCUCUGGAAACCACCACCAAACCAGCCAAGCCGACUCCAAAGCCCUUCCCCAGGCCGGGGAAGCCAGACAGCAGCUUUUGGGAUGUCAUCCACAGCACCACAACCAAGCAGCCUAAAACUACGAGGGCCCCCCCCAAGCCUAACCCAGCAAAGAAUCCUAUGGAUUUUGACUUGGCUGAUGCCCUUGAUGAUAAGAACGAUAGGAAAGAUGGUGGGAGGCCGGACGUAAGGCCAGGUGAAGGCUUUUCAGACGAUGACCUGGCCAGCAUUGUGGACGGGGGCUACAGCCCAGACAAGAAGAAAGGUGCCGACGGCAGGAUGGACAGUGACCACGGCAGAGGCACAGUGGCAGAGACGGGGACAAUCGCUGGCAUCGCCAGUGCCCUGGCCAUGGCGCUGAUCGGGGCUGUCUCCAGCUACAUCUCCUACCAGCAGAAGAAGUUCUGCUUCAGCAUCCAGCAGGGACUUAACGCGGAAUAUGUGAAAGGAGAAAACAUGGAAGCUGUUGUAAGCGAGGAGCCCCAAGUUAAAUAUUCAGUACUGGAAACACAGUCAGCACAACCACCAAAGCAAGACAGUGUGAAGAUGUAAAGCGUGGCCCAGGGCUAGAGAAGACUCAGUCAGCAGCAAAUGGAGAUCUUACAUGCUUGUAAUUUAGCUUUUUAUUUAAUUUGACUCCAAAGCUAUUUAAUGUGUACUUAGGCUUGAACUGGCUUUGUAUUGCUCUAGGCUUUAGGUGAGCGUGGCUGUGUUUAGUUUUUGUUGAGGUAUAUGUUUACAUCAAAUUAAUAUAGUAGGUUUGGUGUCCAGUUGUAUGCAAACCAAUAGAAGGUGCUUCAGUAGUGGUCAGUUUUCAAGUAAGGGAGAAGGUCUUUUUCAAGGAGCUUACAGGAGUGAGGGCAGAGAAGUGCCUGUAAAUAGCAACCAAAGCAAAGCAUUCAAAGCCCUUUGUAAAGCCCCUCCAGCCAACCUGGGCACAUGCACAUUUCUGGAGGGUAGAUUCCAGUCCUUCCUGUAGCUACACCUAAAAAAUGAAGUGCCUAUGGUAGGUCCUCAGCUGGGGCCUUGGGCUGAGGCAGGUGUCUCCCUGCUCCAAAGUCAGGAGUUGAGGAUGUUUCACCACCACGCAGCGCUGGGUUUCUAACCACAUAAAAGGACUUGAUUUUCAUGCCAAGUCAUAAAUGCAGGUAAUAUCAGGGUACACAACGUUCACUUUUAGCAAAUCCCAUUUGAAUGCUUGGCUGUGCCAGAUAAGAAUGGAGCUGAACCUGCCAAGCCAUACAGUCUGUCUGUGUGACAUGAGACCUACAUUGUCACUGAAAUCAAAACUCCUUGUGUUCCAAGGACAGGGCCAGAUCUUAUUCACACAAAAACAAAUUACAGAUUUAACCUGAAAGAAAAUACAUCAUGUAGGCAUUGACUAAGCCUUCUAAUGCUCCCCUGUCACAAGAGAAGUCAAGCUUUAACAAGCUACAAUCCCCCCACCUUCUCCUCCAACCAUUAACACCACUAUUGAGAGCACCCCCUGGAACCUCAGGCAGAAAAAGUAUUUAAAACUUCGUACUUUCUGUUACCAACUAACCUUUAAGAAAGGCAGAAGCUCCUGAGAGGAUGGGUCCUCCAUCACCAUCCUGCAUGGGAUUCCUGCAGCUUUCUGGGAAGCAUGGGACUGCAUGUGGUGCUCAGUCCUGCCACCAGGACAGCACCCUGAUCCACCUGACCUUCGCUAUGUGGCAAGAAUUUGUCUUUAUAUUUUUAAUCCUGCUGCAGCCCUUUCUUCUUGCUGCUAAAAUGUGGAUACUAUACAUUUAACCAAAUCCAUGAUGGCUCAAAAAGCAUGCUCUGGCCUGAAGGAAAACACACUUUGCGUGCUCUUUAUAUAUAAACCUGAAAUGUGUGCAUUUUGUACUGUUUUGCAAAUACCGUAUUUUGUGAAUGUAUGUUAAAAAAAAAAAAAAAGAAAAAAAAAAAGAACAUUUUCAGUUUGAUGUACAAAUUCACAGCUUUCAGGUAGACACAACUUACACAAGGCCUUGCCAGGAGGUGAAGCAGCCUAGGAGCACUGCUGCCUAACAGCUCCAUUUGAAAGGAAAUUGCCUCGUAACAUGGUUAAGUAUUUUGCAGUUCUGCACAAUUCUUAAAGCCUUAAGCUCUAGCAGAACAGUUUUGUAAGGGAGACAAGUUCUAGGGAUAUAAUGGUGCCUCCCAUGUAUCCAGAACACUUAGGCUACAACAAUACUGCUGCAAACCACUGCUGCUUUGUUUUACUUUAAAACAAAAUUAAUCAAAUUAUUGGCUGCUCAGAGAAUGGAAGCAGAGGAGAUAGAGAUGGGCUACACUCUGUUUGCUUACUGCCCAAGAAGGAUUCUCAUGGAGGAAGCAUGGUCUGCAGGAUUGGGAUCAUCAUGUGCAGGAGCUCAGGUGCUGAGUUUGUGCAUCUCCAUUCCCAAGCACCACUGUCUGCUUUUCUGUCUUAGCCAAACACAUUUGGAAGCUAUAACAUGAAAAAUGUUUUUAGAAAGUUAUUGUAGGUGAAGUGUUACAAGAUGGCAUUGACCAUCACUAGGAGCUGUUUUCCUAGCUUUGAUGAAGUGACCCUAACUCCAUUUCUUCUUCUGUGGAUGCCCAGGUUUGCUGCAGGUGCAGAGCAUUUGGUUUACUGCAUUUCUGUUUCUGUGCCCUCCCUGUUUGUCUGGUGGACAGUGCAGUGGGGUGUCCAGCACUGCUUAAAGAAUGCAGCACCAGCCCCUCUUCUGGGAAUCCAUACACUAGAACAGAUGAGAACCGUGUCUAAUUCACAAAUACUACACUUUAACAACCAACCAAAACCAACCAACCACAAAGCUGUUUCACUGAAACAAAAGCACCCCAGUUUUCAGAACUCAGAAGUUGCUCCUUUCCCCAAGGCCUUUGUGGAACUUUGGUGAACACUUACACCUCAGUGUGAUUUCUAGUUAUGUGGAAAACUAUAAAUGUAGAGUGAAAGGGAGCACUUUUCAAAAAAAUUUACAGUAACAGAAUUCAGGAUCUCUUUCUCUGGGAUUGAACAUAGGACAUUAUUGACAAAUAACCACAGUAAAGAAAUUAAUCCUUAAGUCUUCUCUUCAAAACUGGUCAAAAGUCAAAGUCUUGAUGUGCUAAAUGUUAGUAAAGGCUCUAAUUGCUUUUUUAUUGCAGCCCAUCUCCAUCUGAUCUGUCAGACCAGUCUGAGAAAUAGGGAGUUUAUACAUCAUCUAUAUUAUAGGUAUUAUAGCAACUGAGAGGAUUCCAGUGUAUUUUCUUAGUAGUGAUCCAGGUUCUGAAACAACUGAUCUGGCAUUGACCUCUCUAAAUAUUUUAAUUAGUGUCUGGUCUCUUUAAAUCUGGAUAUGGAAUUUUUAAAAAUCCUGCACUGUAGGUUCUGUACACAUGGUAUGAACUUUCUCGUCCUUUAUUAAAAAAGGCCAUAAAAACCUGAAAACUGGGAUUUAUUUUUUUCACAAGUCCAAAACCUAUAAAUACAGCUGCCCUGAGAGUUCAUGUACUUACCUGUGCUGUGCACUCUUAGCACACCUCACUUCUUCAGCUUAAUUAAGCUAUUUUUAACAAAAUAAUUCAGAAAAAGUAGAAGAUUGAAGAACUGAACUAGCUUUUUCCCUGUGGUUUAUUCUAUCAAUUACUUCUAUUUUCCUUUGGCAAUACUGUAGUAGUUUCUUUGUUUUCGAUCCUUCAGCUGAGAAUACUCUGACAUGAAUUGCAGAUAUUUUGGCACUAUAAACUCAGUCAUUUUCAUGCAGCCCCACUAAUGAACCCUUCUAAGUGCUAUAUUGUCAUUCUUAACUACUCAUUUGCUGUGAUAAAAGUGGAAUUAGUCCAUAAUACCAUUUCAAAUUCUGAAAAAGCAAGCUGAGUCGACAGGCUAAGGCUUUUUAAAGAUCUGCCUCUGCAACAAAGGAGGUUCAGGAACAAAUGAAGUUCAGAGACAACAACAUUGUGAAAUUAGAGAAUCCUUUCUUUUGAGUGAAGUCGUGACUUAAAAGCAAGGGACAAUGUUUGGUGAUGCAGAAGCAUCUGUACCAGUGCAUGUAAGUAUCAUGGGGGUAAAGAUCAGAAUUUGACUGCCAUUGGAAAAUGCCAAAUAAAACAAGGUGACUAGUAA